AUGUCAUCCGUAAAGAAAGUAGAUGUUUCCCUCGUUUCCGACGAGGAAAUCCCUAUAGCCUUCCAAGUAUUAUCGAAAUCUUUCGGCCACGACGCACCAUUCGUAGAUAUAUACUUUCCAAAUCAUGACACACCAUCCGGCCAAGCGCAGGGCUCCAAGCGUUUGGCUGUGUGGAAGCAGACCUCGGAAGCUUCUACCUUUUUAAAAGCAACUACACAAGGCGGCCAGGAGGGUCAGGAGCUCAUCAUUGGCUUCGCAGUCUGGACACUCAUGAAGGAGGCUCCACCUGCGGAGCUUGCUGAGACAGAGAAUGUCGAGGAGGUAUGGCCAGACGAAGCUGAUCGUGAGUUCAUGAAGCGCUUAUGGAGCGAUUAUGUUAUUCCACGAUCGAAGGCUGUUAAGGAGUCUGACGGAAAAGGGGUGUAUGUACUUGAAUUACUAGCGGUGCAUCCAGAAUACCAGCGUUUAGGUGCGGGCGCAGCUCUUGUAGAGUGGGGGACCAAAGCGGCAGACCAGCAGGGCCUUCAGGCCGUCGUCGAGGGUACUCCGGCAGGUCGACGACUUUAUGAAAAAUGCGGCCUUCGUGCAAAUAUUGAGGAAAUGCACUUCGACUUCGGAGAUGAAUUCGCUGACAGAAGGAAGCCAAAGCUUACAUUCAUGACGCGAGAGCCUAGGAAAUAUGACUAG